CCGAGGAAAUUCCGAGGAACUACUGUUUUGGGUUUCAAAAUCUCGAAUAUUUUUUUAUAAACGCAUCGAUCGAUGGAUUUAUGUCCAAAAACGCAUCGAUCGAUCACUAAGAUGGACCAAAGCGUAACAAUGUGAUCGAUCGAUGGGUAUAUGUCCAAAAACGCAUCGAUCGAUCACUUGUUCGUCGGAAUUUGCUCGGAAUUUUGUGAGGAACACAUUUCUCCUCGGAAUUUCCUCGGAAUAUACCGACGGAUUAAUGUUUCCUCGGAAUUCCGUCGGUAUAUUCCGAGGAAAUUCCGAGGAAACCCAAAAUUUGGGCUUCCUCGGAAUUUCCUCGGAAAUUCUGAGGAUUUCAUUUUCCGUCGGAAUGUCCGUCAGAAUACCGAUGUUUUCUUGUAGUGGCAUUCCCAUUGCUUUAACCGGUAGUGAUUUCUUGCUAGAGACAAAACGGCACAUGAAAGACUGGUGCCUUCUGCAUUCCAGCUCUUGAGAAAAUUGAUCCAAAUACCAAUGUUAUUCAAGGUAUGCUGGUUUAUUGUUAGGAACUCCUUCUGUAUUUGCGAACAAAUAUAGUUACAGUCUUGAGUGUGUUUAUUUUUUAUACAGCCAUGAUUCUAGUUCCAACACGAGAGCUGGCUCUUCAGACUUCACAGGUUUGCAAGGAGCUUUCCAAAUACUUGAAUAUCCAAGUGAUGAAAAAAUUGUAGGAUUACUGCUAAAAAUAAGUUUUCUGAUUGAUUGCAUUUUACUCUAUAUAAAUGCAUUACUAUACUUACCACUUUCUGUAAUCAGUUUUAAAGUUUUAAAUAGAAGUUGUUUUAUUGUGCCAUAAACUUCAAAGCUUUUAACUCUUUACAAACUAUCUUACCAGGCCGACAAGCUGUUGUCCGCAGAGUUCCAAGCUUUUGUUUGCAGAGUUCCAGGCCAACUAUCCUCUUGAUACUCAACAGUUUACAAUGUGAGUAUGCACAUGUUCUGUUUCAUGUUACAUCUUCUUCUUUUGUUGUUCUUGUUAUUGAUUAUGGUGUGUCAUUACUUGCAUUGUGAAGAUAUAUCAAAGUUUAUUCUCAUUGAUGUGUUGUUUUAUCAUGAUUAUGGUUAUAACUGUAGUGCACGGUUUCUUAAAUAGUAUUAAAAAUUAAUUAAGAGACCCUUAAAGGGUCUCUACGAUAAUGAUGCUCUAAGGAGACUAUCUAAAGAGUAGAAGAGACUCACGCGUUUAGGUGUCAAGUUGUAAGACCUUGAUUAUGGCUAUAACUGUAGUGCACGGUUUCUUAGGUUCAAUUUUUUUAUUUUUUUGUCUGAUUAAAAAAAUUAAAAAUUAAAAAGCGUACCAAUCGUGGGUUGCCACGUGUUAGUGGGAUCCGCGAACAAUGCGAAAAAUAGACCAAAAUCGAUACUUAUUUCACGAUUUCUGGAACCGAUUUUAGAGGUUUUUGUGGAACCCAGACCAUAUAAGAAACCCACUAAUCUCCUGCGAUAAUCAUGCUCAAAGUGAUGAGACACGGUUUCUUACCGACAUAAGUUUCUUACAGACACAGUUUCUUACCGACAUAAGUUUGAGACACUUUGGAAAGAAAAAAAUCUGAGGUAAAGAGAUUAUUGGAAUCGCCUAGAUUGCUAAGGUAUGCUAUCUAGAAAUCUGAAGAUGAGAAGAGAGCUUCCUUUUGACGUAGUGGUGGAAAUACUCGCUAGGGUUCCUGUUAAGGACUUAAUACGGUUUAGAUGUGUCUGCAAAACUUGGCGUUCAUUGUUCCAAGAGGAGCGGUUUUAUAGACAGCACAUGACUCAUCCCCCAACGAGGAUUGUGUCGUUCCGUCGUUCAGAUACUCUACUUGGUCGUUUUUCUUAUCAAGAUGGCAAGCCAUGGUGGUACUCGAAGAUGUUAAACGUUAGAGAUAACAAAUUGCUUCUCGGCGCUGGUUUAGUUGGUCACUGCCAUGGACUGUUUUGCUUAUAUUUUGAAGAUAAGACUUUUUGUGUUUGGAACCCGUCACUGAGUGAAUUAAUAAGAAUACAAACAAGGCAUGUCAGUAACUGGGCUGAGAUGGGUUUUGGUUAUGACAACUCAAGUCAAGAUUAUAAGAUUGUGUUGGUUCUGGAUAUGCGAGGCAGCCAUUCUAAAGCACUAGUGUUAUCCUUAAAGUCGGGUGAGUCUCGGAUAAUUGAUGUCCUGUGUUUAGAAAACAUUGUCGUCAUGAUCCGCAUGAGACUUCCUGGAACGCUGGUUGGUGAAAAUAUCUACUGGCAGGUGUAUGAUGAUGAGUUAAAAGUAACUGAUAAGAUUUUGGGCUUUGAUUUGGUGUCAGAGACUUUCAACUACUGCCCAGGUCCGAGUAAUUGUGGUAAAGCAUUUCCUCAAGAUCUAGAGGGGUUGGGAGGAGGAGGUCUAUGUACAGUGGGGGUUGAUGCCCUGCCUGGUGAUAUCAUCGAGAAGAUUGGUGGUUGUAGUGGUGGUAUCAAAUCUUGGAGCAAGAUGUGCAAUCUCUCGAGGGGUCUUCUUGAAAUCUCAACUGGCUGUCGUAUCGAUAAGAUUCUGCUACUGUCUGCGAUAACUUAUGCAGGAUUGCUAUUAGUUUUAGAAAAUAUUGGUGGAAGAGAAUCAAAAUUGGUUGCAUACAACUUAGAGGAGAAAAGUUUGACAAAUGUUGAGACCAGUUUGUCCCACUAUACCUGUGGGUGGGAGUCUUCAGACGUAUGUUGAAACGCUUGUCUCUAUUCCUGGCUCUUUCAGUUAAGAGGCUUAAAGAUUUUUUGAGCUUUGCUUGUUUUGUUUUAUCUAUCUAUCUGUAGCAAAACACAAUAAACAAAUCAUUGUUUGUUUGUCUUUUUCCAUGGAUAUUUAGUUUUGUUUUCCUGUCAACAGGAAAACGUUCAAGUUAACCUCUUCCCGUUAAAUUCAGACAGAUUCUUGUAAUGGAUUUGUUGCAGAAGAUGAAAAACAUAUGUAGCAAUAUUUACUGUUGGUGCUAUUAAUGAGUUUACCAUACUAAAGUAUCCUAUACUAGACCAAUUACAAAGUUUGCAA